AUGUCAGAAGUGUCAAUCGACGCCACCGCCUUCCACAAAAGGUUGUCGAUUCUCCAGACAAAAUUGGCCUCUGAGGAGUUCAACUCAAUCUCCUCCCUUCUAUUCUUGGUGGGUGCCCGAGACGAUGAGUCCACCUAUAAGAAAUCCACCAUUCUUCAACUUUGGCUUUUGGGAUAUGAGUUUGCUCACACCGCCAUCUUUAUCACCCAGGAUAAGUGCGUGAUUCUUACUUCAGAAGGUAAGGCGAAACACUUGGGACACUUGAAAACGAAGCCAACUCCGAACUCCAGCGAUGUGGAGAUCUGGACCAGAACCAAGGACCAGGAGCACAAUCGCAAGUUGUUCACCGAUUUGGUGGCAAAACUCAAGGAAUCACAGACUGACGACAAAAAGAUCGGAACAAUUGUGAAAGAUCAAUUCAAGGGUAAGUUCAUCGAUGAAUGGAAUGAUGUCCUGAAGUCGGAGAACUUCGAGUUUACUGAUGCAGCACUUUUGGUGUCUAAGAGUGUUGAAGUCAAAGAUUCGGAUGAACUCAACUCAACGAAGUUGGCGUCGAAGGCAUCCGUUGUCAUGAUGGACUCGUUCACCAACGACAUGAUGGUGAUUGUCGACGAAGAUGUCAAGACCACCAAUGUGGAUAUCUCGGAUAAGCUCGACAGAAAGAUCGACAGCUCCAAGUGGUACACAAAACUGGCUUUGGGAAAGAAGUUAUUGCACAAUGACAAGGACUUUGACCCGGAGCAAAUCGACUGGUGCUACUCUCCUAUUGUCCAAAGUGGUGGCGACUACGACUUGAAACCUAGUGCUUUGUCUUCCGAAAAGAGAUUUGUUGGUGACGGUGUGAUCAUUGCUUCCGUGGGUUUGAGAUAUAAGAACUACUGCUCCAACAUCGGCAGAACGUAUUUGAUUGACCCAUCUGCUGAGGUCUCCGACAACUAUGAUUUCUUGUUAGAAUUGCAGGAGCAUAUUACUAGUGAAUUAUUGAAGAGUGGUGCCUCAGCCAAGGACAUCUUUGCUGGCGUCGUCAAGUUCGUUGAAUCUAAAAAACCAGACUUGGCCUCUCACCUUACCAAGAACGCCGGUUGGUUGACUGGUCUUGAGUUUAGAGACUCAACCUUGGUGUUGAACGCCAAGAACGAAAGAAAAUUGGUGGAUGGUCAAGUGUUUUCAUUGACAGUGGGAUUCUCCAACUUAGUCGACUCUAAGGCUACUAACCCUAAAUUGAAGAACUACUCGUUGCUUCUCACUGAUACCGUGAGAGUUGGUGAUGGCCAGUCUUUCAUCUUGACCAACUAUCAAAAGGCUAGAAAGGAAAUUACUUUCAACUUGAAGGAUGAGGACGAAAAGCCUGCGGUGAAGAAGGAAAACGGUGCCAAGAAGAUCAAAUCUGAGAAGGACCAGAGCAUCGAGAAGAAUCUCGCAGUGAAUGAAAACCAAUCAAGAGUUCUCAAGAAUAAGUUACGUCAUGAGUCUGCUGCAGCUGACGACACGAACGCUGAAAAGAUUCGUCAAGAAGCUCAAAGAAAAUUGCACGAAAAGAGACAACAGGAAGGUCUCGCAAGGUUUUCUCAAGCUGAUGCUAAUGACAAUGCUGAGUUGAAGCCAGUGUUUAAGAAGUAUGAGUCUUACGUCAGGGAGUCUCAAAUUCCAAGCAGUGUCAGAGACUUGAAGAUUCACAUUGACUACAAGAACCACACAAUCAUUCUUCCAAUCAAUGGUAGACCUGUACCAUUCCAUAUAAAUGCCUUCAAGAAUGGAUCGCAAAAUGAAGAAGGUGAUCACACAUAUUUAAGAUUGAAUUUCAAUUCCCCUGGUGCGGGUGGUAACAUGAGCAAGAGGGCCGAGUUGCCUUACGAGGACUCCCCUGACCACCAAUUUGUCAGAUCCAUCACUUUCAGAUCUCGUGACCGUCAGCGUAUUGUUGAUGUGUAUAAGGCGAUCCAGGACUUGAAGAAGGACAGUGUCAAGAGAGAAGCUGAAAAGAAGCAGCUUGCUGACGUUGUGACUCAGGGCAAUUUGAUUGAGCUCAAGGGCUCGAGAAUGAAGAAGUUGGAGCAAGUCUUUGUGAGACCAACGCCUGACACGAAAAAAAUUGGUGGUGUUUUGCAGAUCCACGAAAACGGUUUGAGAUACCAUUCUUCCGCGAGAAGCGAUCACAGGAUCGAUGUCUUGUUUUCUAAUGUCAAACACUUGUUCUUCCAGCCAUGCAAGGAUGAGUUAAUUGUCAUCAUCCAUUGUCAUUUGAAGAACCCAAUAAUGGUGGGAAAGAGAAAGACCCUCGAUAUCCAGUUCUACCGUGAAGCCAGUGAUAUGGCUUUCGACGAAACCGGAGGACGUAAGAGAAAGUAUAGAUAUGGUGAUGAGGACGAGUUGCAACAAGAGCAGGAGGAGAGAAAGAGAAAGGCUCUCUUGGAUAAGGAAUUCAAAAAUUUUGCUGAAAUGAUCAGCGAUGCUUCCAAUGGUAUGCUUGACUUGGAUAUCCCAUUCAGGGAAUUGGGAUUCUCCGGUGUGCCUUUCAGAUCAUCAGUGUUCUGUAUGCCUACGAGAGAUUGUUUGGUAUCCUUAAUUGAUCCACCAUACCUCGUUGUCACUUUGGAAGAGAUUGAAAUUGCCCACUUGGAGCGUGUGCAGUUUGGUUUGAAGAACUUCGAUUUGGUAUUCGUUUUCAAGGAUUUCAGCAAGCCCGUGGUGCAUAUCAACACUAUUCCAAUGGAAGUGUUAGAAGAUGUCAAGCAUUGGUUGACCGACGUUGACAUUCCAUACAGUGAGGGACAAAUGAACUUGAACUGGGGUGCCAUCAUGAAGCAGGUCUUGUCGGACCCUUACAGUUUCUUCUCUGACGGAGGCUGGCGUAUCUUGACCGGUGAUGGUGAGAGUGAAGACGAAGACUCUGAGGAAGAGGAAUCAGAGUUUGAAGCUAGUGACGAAGAUCCAUCUGACGAGGAAGUUGACAGUGACGAUGGAAGCGAGGACGCAUACUCGUCUGAUGGGUCUGGAAGCGCCAGUGGAGAGGAAGAAGAGGAAAGUGAAGGCGAAGACUGGGAUGAGUUGGAGAGGAAGGCUGCCAGAGACGAUAACAGACGCGGCAGGGAAUAA